GGGCGGACGCCGGACUCCGGCGCGGCGGGCGAGCGGGCGAGCGGGCGCGCGGGGCGCCCUCGUCGACAGCAUGGCGCGGCGCGGCGCGCGGCUCGGCGCGGCCAGGAGCGCGGGGCCGGGGCCGCGCCGGGCCGCCUCUAGCCGGCACCGAGGGCGGCCGGGAGAGCGCCGCGCCGGGGAGCCGUCUGCGCGCCGCGGCGCCGUCCCGCCCAGCGAGCGAGCCCGAGCAGGCAGACGCGCGGCCGGCGGUCUGGGGGCGCGCCGCCUCCCGGCCCCCAAAAUGUGAAGCGGGGAGGGCGGAGACGCAGAGACGGCCCGGCCGGGCGCCCUCGCCGCCCUCCGGCAGCCGCGCCGCCCCCCUUGCCUGCCCGCCGAGGCCGCGCCACCCCGCCGCCAGCCAGCCCCGAGCCCCGCGCCCCACCUCGCUCCACCCGGCUCCGGCCCGCAGAGGGUUCGCAGCCCGGACGCGGCGGGAACCGGGCCCAGGACGGUGCGUCCGGCCUCCCCGCGGCUGCUCGCCCAGACAAGUUUGAACAAUGAUCACAGUCAACCCCGAUGGGAAGAUAAUGGUCAGAAGAUGCCUGGUCACCCUGAGACCCUUUCGGCUGUUUGUCCUGGGAAUCGGCUUCUUCACUCUCUGCUUCCUGAUGACAUCUCUGGGAGGCCAGUUCUCCGCCCGGCGCCUGGGGGACUCGCCCUUCACCAUCCGCACAGAAGUGAUGGGUGGCCCUGAGUCCCGCGGCGUCCUCCGCAAGAUGAGCGACCUGCUGGAGCUGAUGGGGAAGCGCAUGGACACGCUGGCCAGGCUGGAGAACAGCAGCGAGCCGCGCCGGGCCGCCGGUGACAGCGCGCACUUUGCAGCAGACAGGUUGGCCCUUGGGGCUGGCCUCAUGGAGCGGAUCCAGGCCAUUGCCCAGAACGUGUCCGACAUCGCCGUGAAGGUGGACCAGAUCCUGCGGCACAGCCUGCUCCUGCACAGCAAGGUGUCAGAAAGCCGGCGGGACCAGUGCGAGGCGCCCAGCGACCCCAAGUUCCCUGACUGCUCGGCGAAGGUGGAGUGGAUGCGUGCCCGCUGGACCUCCGACCCCUGCUACGCCUUCUUCGGGGUGGACGGCACCGAGUGCUCCUUCCUCAUCUACCUCAGCGAGGUCGAGUGGUUCUGCCCCCCGCUGCCCUGGAGGAACCAGACGGCUGCCCGCGCGGCCCCCAAGCCCCUCCCCAAAGUCCAGGCAGUCUUCCGAAGCAACCUGUCCCACCUCCUGGAGCUGAUGGGCAGCGGGAAGGAGUCCCUGAUCUUCAUGAAGAAGCGGACCAAGCGGCUCUCGGCCCAGUGGGCGCUGGCCGCCCAGCGCCUGGCACAGAAGCUGGGGGACACCCGGCGGGACCACAAGCAGAUCCUGGUCCACAUCGGCUUCCUGACAGAGGAGUCCGGGGACGUGUUCAGCCCGCGGGUCCUGAAGGGCGGGCCCCUGGGCGAGAUGGUGCAGUGGGCGGACAUCCUGGCCGCGCUCUACGUCCUGGGCCACGGUCUGCGGGUCACCGUCUCCCUGAAGGAGCUGCAGAGUAACUUAGGGGUGCCGCCAGGCCGGGGGAGCUGCCCGCUCACCAUGCCCCUGCCCUUCGACCUCAUCUACACGGACUACCACGGCCUGCAGCAGAUGAAGCAGCACAUGGGGCUCUCCUUCAAGAAGUACCGGUGCCGAAUCCGGGUCAUCGACACCUUCGGGACAGAACCCGCGUACAACCACGAGGAGUACGCCACGCUGCACGGCUACCGCACCAACUGGGGCUACUGGAACCUCAACCCCAAGCAGUUCAUGACCAUGUUCCCCCACACCCCGGACAACUCCUUCAUGGGCUUCGUGUCCGAGGAGCUCAACGAGACGGAGAAGCAGCUCAUCAAGGGCGGCAAGGCCAGCAACAUGGCCGUGGUGUACGGCAAGGAGGCGAGCAUCUGGAAGCUCCAGGGCAAGGAGAAGUUCCUGGGCAUCCUGAGCAAGUACAUGGAGGUCCACGGCACCGUGUACUACGAGAGCCAGCGGCCCCCCGAGGUCCCAGCCUUCGUGAAGAACCAUGGCCUCCUGCCGCAGCCCGAGUUCCAGCAGCUGCUGCGCAAGGCCAAGCUCUUCAUAGGGUUUGGCUUCCCCUACGAGGGCCCCGCGCCCCUGGAGGCCAUCGCCAACGGCUGCGUCUUCCUGCAGUCCCGCUUCAGCCCGCCCCACAGCUCGCUCAACCACGAGUUCUUCCGGGGCAAGCCCACCUCCAGGGAGGUGUUCUCCCAGCAUCCCUACGCGGAGAACUUCAUUGGCAAGCCCCACGUGUGGACCGUCGACUACAACAACUCAGAGGAGUUUGAAGCAGCCAUCAAGGCCAUCAUGAGAACUCAGGUAGACCCCUACCUACCCUACGAGUACACCUGUGAGGGGAUGCUGGAGCGAAUCCACGCCUACAUCCAGCACCAGGAGUUCUGCGCAGCUCCAGGCCCCGCCCCGCCAGGCGCCCACGCCCCGCAGAGCCCCUUCGUCUUGGCCCCAAACGCCACCCACCUGGAGUGGGCCCGGAACGCCAGCGUAGCCCCCGGGGCCUGGCCCCUGGCACACUCCCUGCGGGCCUGGUUGGCUGCCCCCGGGAGGGCCUGCACCGACGCCUGCCUGGACCACGGGCUGGUGUGUGAGCCCGCCUUCUUCCCCUUCCUCAACGGCCGGGACGCCUUCCUCAAGCUGCAGGUGCCCUGCGACAGCACCGAGUCGGAGAUGAACCACCUGUACCCGGCCUUCGCGCAGCCCGGCCAGGAGUGCUACCUGCAGAAGGAGCCGCUGCUCUUCAGCUGCGCCGGCUCCAGCACCAAGUACCACCGGCUCUGCCCCUGCCGCGACUUCCGCAAGGGCCAGGUGGCCUUGUGCCAGGGCUGCCUGUGAGGCCACCCUGCCGGGCGCCCACGCCGAGCCUCCCCGGCCGCAGGAGAAAGCACCAGCAGAUGCCGCGCUCCGGCCACUUGC